GCGUUUAGUUAAGUCAAGUGAUCUGAUUGGCUGAUUGAUAAUUGUGUUCAAAUCAACAACCGGGAACAAGGAGCUACAAAUUUAAAUGAAUUUCUUAUCUAAAGUACAAUAAAUUGCAAUGAAACGCAAAAUGGAUUCCAAGUUGAGUCUAAUGGCAGCUUUUGAUGAAUUGAUGAGGAAUGCCAAGGUUUUAUCAGCAGGAAUAGAACCAGAAUUUAAAACAUUUGCGGAGAACCAGCAAUCAUGCAGAAGACAGUGGGCAACAUCAGAAGAGGAACUUCAGCAUCUGAGAGGGAAGAUGAUCUCCCUUGAAUCUGAGAACAAAACACUGGAUGCUAAACUUAAACAUGCAAGAAACUUGAUAGAAAAAGAAGAACAGAAACGGUUGAAAGUGGAACAUGAUAAGGAGCAGCUGGAGCGACAGAUUGCUCUGAUCCGUGAAUUACUGAUGGACGGCAAGCACGGAAAUAAAUUGGACCAACAUGACAGGGAGAGGCUGGCGUUCUUAAGCACAACAGCUCAACGUUCCACAUACGAAGACUCGCCACCAAAAAGGUUAUCGAGGAUCAAUGAGUCAAACCACUCUGUACUGUCUGAUGAGGACAUCGAUUACUGGGAUAAGACAGAAGAGGACCUCGAACCAGCGUGUGGCGGACGUCGUAGACGUAGCAAGCGAAACAAGAGACCAUCAGCUCCGCCACAGGAAGAUAUGAAUGUGACGCCGCCAAAGAGACACAAAACUAUAGAGGAGAAUGAAGUAGUGACAACAACAACAAUCACAGUAACGGCAGAUGGCCGACCAAUUGAGGCAACAACAGAAGUAUCUGUACCAAGUGCUGGUCGUAAGCUUAACAAAAGUUUCAGCGAGCCUGCAUUGGACAAACAUAUGAUGGAAAGUGAAACAGAAUCAGAUGCUGAUCCAUGGACACCAAGAAAUAUGAACACAAAUGCCAGCAAGAGCACCCUGCGUGGAACACCUACGACGCCCAUGUUGAGGAAAGCACAUUCUGCCAGCAAAGGUUUGAACAGAAUUCACUUCUUCAUCUCGGAGACAGUGAUUAGACCGAGGACUUGUGUACCGUGUGGAAAGAGAAUUGGCUUCGGAAGAUUGGCUAUGAAAUGUAAAGAUUGCAGAUCAAUUUGUCACCCUGAUUGUAAGGAUAACCUGCCCUUGCCUUGCAUAUCAGCCCCACCCACUCCAGGAACCGGUAAAAUACAAGGGGGGAUACUGUCUGAUUACUGCCGAGAUGAAUGCCCAAUGAUUCCAGGCAUAGUGAUUCAUUGUGUGAAUGAGAUAGAGGCUCGGGGACUUAAUGAAGUAGGAAUCUACAGAGUACCAGGAUCUGACAGACAAGUUAAGGAACUGAAAGAGAAGUUUUUCAAGGGUAAAGGCAUGCCAAACUUGUCAAAUAUUGAUGACAUUCAUGUAAUAUGUGGCUGUUUGAAGGACUUUCUUCGAGGCCUGAAGGAGCCAUUGGUAACAUUCAGAUUGUGGAGAGAUUUUGUCCAUGCAGCUGAAAAUCGGGACAAAGCAAUGGCAGAGUCGGACAUGUACCAGGCCCUGAGCGAGCUGCCACGAGCCAAUAGAGAUACAAUAGCCUUCCUUAUGCUUCAUUUACUCAGGGUGUCACAGACCACAGAAUGUAAGAUGCCAGCAAACAACUUGGCCCGUGUGUUUGGACCCACCCUUGUAGGCCACUCUUGCCCAGAACCAGAGCCAAUGCAGCUAAUUAAUGAGACUAAAUACCAGGCCAUGGUAAUGGACCGUCUGUUUGAGAUACCUGAGGAUUAUUGGAUCAACUUUAUCAGUGACGAGGCUGAAAACAUGUACCCGGACGUGAACACCCCACAGACACCAGAGGUCACAAGAGGGUGUAAGUAUAAAUCUAUUAAAUGAGACAACAAAAUGAGA